GUCAGCCUUAGUUCGUAAAUAUCCUCAAAAACAAAGGGCACUUUCCCAACUUUGCACCUAUAAAUCCUUAAUCUCACACCCUCCUUCAAAUCCCUCAACCUUUAUUUCUAUCAACAAUUCAUCAUCAAUUCCACUGCAACUUUCUUAAAAACAGAACAACAACAGAGGAAAACAUAGGAGAAAAAUGUCCCCAAAAUGCAGCCAAAUCCGACACAUCGUUCGGCUCCGCCAGAUGCUGCGGCGCUGGCGCAACAAGGCUCGCAUGUCUGCAAACCGCACACCGUCAGAUGUGCCUGCAGGACACGUGGCUGUUUGUGUAGGCACCAACCUCACCAGAUUCGUGGUGCGUGCAACUUACCUGAACCACCCCGUCUUCAAGAAGCUUCUCCUUCAAGCUGAAGAAGAGUAUGGCUUCUCCAACCACGGUCCAUUGGUCAUCCCCUGCGACGAAAUGCUCUUCCACGAGGUUCUCCGGUUCAUCUCUUGGUCCGAAUCAGCAAAACCAAACCGGUUUGUAAACCUCGAACUUGACGACUUAAAACAACACUGCCACAUCAGAAUCAACAACAACCUUGAUUUUUGGCCAGAGUCUAGACCGCUCCUUCACGGUCCCAGUGACAAAACCGUUUGGUAACUCAAAUUUUUAUUUUUACACAGUUCAAAAUUGACUCAGCUGAGUUUUCCAAAAAAGGUCUAGAUAAACCUGGUCUGGUCGAGAUUUGAGUUGAGUGAAAAGAGGCUUUAUUAUAAUUAUUAUUAUUACUAAGUGAGAUCUCAUUUUCAUAGUAAGGAAGUUUGUUUUUGAUGUGAGUCGAGUUACACAUAUCAUAAAAUCAGUGUUAGAAGAAUGGUCCGGGAAUCACCGAUGGAGGAGAUGGCACAACCGAGUCGUCCCGGGUUCGGAUCCGAGUUAAGGCUGUGAUUUCAUGGCUUGUUCCAAGCUGCGAUAUGAGUCUCUAACUGUCAUGGUAACACCCACACGAUGUAAAGCACUUAUUAUGUUGUAUUUAUUUUAUUCCAUCAAUGCAAACGCAAAUUAAGUUGUAGUGAA